AUGACGCUUACAAAAAGAAAUAUUUUAAGCGUGUCCGCUUCAGUUUUUGAUCCCUUGGGAAUGCUUUCUCGUGUCACGGCAAAACUCAAAUCAUUAUUCCAACUUCUCUGCAAGGACAAGUUGGACUGGGAUGAUUUGAUACCAAAAGACACAGAAGAAGUUUGGCUCAAAUUUCUAAGCGAAUUAAAAAACCUAAAAGAAGUCAAACGUUUUCGGUAUGUUUUUUCUAACAAUUUUCAUUCCGGAUUUAGGGUUGAGCUGCACGGGUUUUGCGACAGCUCAAAAGAAUUAUAUUGUGCCGUGGUCUACUUUCGUCUUGUCUCCAGAGAUGACGUCAAAGUGAGUUUCUUGGCUUCCAAAACGAAAGUAGCUCCUUUAAAAGUCUUAACUAUUCCAAAGUUGGAACUUUUAGGUUGUUUGCUGUUAAGUAGGUUACUUAAUCAAAUAGUCAAUAGUCUUGGUAACCGUGUUAACAUCCAAAAUAUUCUUUGUUGGUGUGAUUCGGAGGUUGCUCUCUCUUGGACUCGGGGUAAAGAAAAGUCUUGGAAGCCUUGGAUUGAAAAUGUUGAAAUUCGGAAGGUGGUAGAUAGGAGCGGGUGGAAAUAUGUUAAGAGUGAAGAAAAUCCGGCGGAUGUCCCCACAAGGAUGUCCUCUGAUUUAAGUCAGUCCUUUGCUGGGUGUUGGUUUCAAGGUCCUUCGUUUCUCUUAUCGCCAGCGGCAUUUAGUGAGGAGACCGUUGACGCUUGUGCUUGUGAGAAUCCUUUGGUGGGGAGGACUGGAGUUAGUAACUUCAGUAACGUGACCCCACGAAGGCACAACAAACCAAGCAUGUUCAAUAAAUGCUGUCAUUGACAACAAUAGCUCGCUCAAAAAACUUAUCAUUGUUACUGGUUACGUAUUACGAUUUUUAAACAACUUAAACAAGAGAGUAAAGCAAGAUAAAGACCCUAACGUAAUCACGGACGAGAUGUUGACAGUCGACGAGUAUGACGAUGCGUUACGAAUGUGGAUUAAAUGCGAACAGUCCCAGUUGUUACAACAAGACAACUACGACAAGCUCAAAGCAUCUUUACAAUUGUUCGAAGACAAGAAUAAAAUACUACGUUUGCGAGGACGAUUUGCAAAUACAACUUUGACAUUCGAAGAACAAUAUCCAAUUAUUCUUGGGAAUAAACAGAGUCAUUUUACACGGUUAAUCAUCUUAGAUGCACAUGAGGAAACAAAACAUCACGGUGUCGAGACUACGUUAGCACAUAUCCGACGAAACUAUUGGAUUGUAAAAGGAAGGAAGCAAGGCGGUCAAAGAAAUAUUGAAGAAAUGUGUAUUGUGCACUCGCUAUCAAGGAUUACCUAUGCGUGGUCCUGCCAGUCCACACCUACCAGACUAUAG